AUGACUACAACAAUGGUUUUUAAACUAUUAAUUUUAUUGUUACUAUCCCUAAAACUUAUAUUUGCUCUGGAUGGUGGUACAAAAACAUCAUAUUAUUGUCAAAGCACUGACUCAACCAUAGUUACUUCUACAAGUACGAAAAAGGGAACUACUCUACUUGCUGUAUAUACAACAACAUACUCUUCCAUUUUCUUCCCAUAUUCCGCUUCCCAAUCAACAACAACCUUACAAACUUCUGGUCCUUCUUCAACUGUUACCUCCAUUACCUACUCUACAAUAGAUAGUGCAACUUCUUCUAUUUGUCAAACUGUGACGGUAACUUUGAUAUAUACACCACUGAUCCGCACAUCAUUCACUACUACUACUGCUUCCUCCGUUGAUAGUACCAUUACAUACUCUACUUCAAUUUACAAAGAUGCUGGCAAUCUAACUGAAACUACUGUAUAUUAUGUGGCCACUCCAAUACGUAGGUCUACUGAAACCAAAAGAACCACAAGUGCCUUUAAUGGUAGUUCCCAAACGUACAGUAUCAUUUAUGAAACUGUGACUGAUGCUUCGGGAAAUGAAACAACACAGACCACAUACUAUGUUGCUGUUCCAACCAAUCUACUGCUUUCUACCACUACUGAUGACGGUUGGACGGGUAGUGUUGCGACUACAUGGUCUACACAAUUUGUGACGACCACUGGUGCUGACGGCUUAGCUACUCCAGGUACUGUGUAUUGGGUUCACACUUCGAGAGUGGCCGGUAUUACAGUCACCGGUACAUGGUCAGGCACGUUUACGACGUUCUACUCCACCAGUACUUCGUAUAGCACUGAUAGGAAUAUUAUCGGUGUAGCUACCUCGACAUACACUACAACAUACUACUACAUCCAUAUUCCAGCAUUUAAUAGGACAACUACUACCACGACUGCUUCUGUAGAAUCAGCAACCCGUACAUAUUCCACGUCGAUUUACUCUGUUACUGAUUCUGAUGGAAACGUGACGACCAGCACCAUCUAUUACGUUGCUACCCCUACACGUAAAUCUACCGCUACCUCUAGUACUACCAGUAACUACAGUGGCAGUACUAUGACUUACACAACCGUUAUCAACACUUACACUGAUGCUAGUGGAAAUGCCACUACUCAGACUACAUACUAUGUUGCUGUUCCUACUAACUAUUUAAAAUCUACUACUACCAAUGACGGUUGGGCCGGUGAUGCUGCGACUACAUGGUCUACACAAUUUGUGACGACCACUGGUGUCGAUGGAUCUACCACUCCAGGUACUGUGUAUUGGGUUCACACUUCACGAGAAUCUGGUGUCACAAUCACAAGUGCUUGGACUGGUAAUUUCACGACUUUCUAUACCACUUCUGUCUCAUAUUCAACUGGAUAUUUCCUUGGUGUUGCAACAGGAACAAGAACUACAACGUACUAUUUUCUUUAUAUUCCACACUAUGGAUCAACUGUGUCCUCCACUAGUUGGGGAAGUCAUUCUGAUACAAUCACGGCAAGUACUGUACUAACAUCCUAUACGCUAGAUAAUGGCGAUGUCAGUACCAUUACAUAUUAUUACAUCGAAACACCCGUUCGUCGUAGUACAUCUAGCUAUACGCUGAAAAGUAGCUUCCGUGGUACUAAAUCAUCAACUUAUUUAUCUAUUUCUAGAACUAUUACGGAUGAAAAUGGUAAUGAGACAACUGAAACUACAUACUUCAUUGCUAUUCCUACCGCUCUUUUUAGUACAACGACUACUGCACCAUGGUCAGGCUUUUAUACCUAUACAUACUCUAUUGGAACUGAUGUUGUUACAGGCGAUGAUGGAUUUACUUCCACAAAAACAGUCUAUCAUGUCGCUACCCCAACACCCGACGGUUAUUGGGUAACAACUUAUUGGACUGGAACCUAUACGACUUAUUACCAGGAUGGUUAUACUUAUGCUUGGGGUUUCUCUUAUUUAAUUAUUUUUGGUUACUGGCGUUAUUCAUUAUUUUACUUAGAAACUCCAUUGCGUAGAACAGGUUAUACAACAACCACAAACGCCUGGGAUUCUACUUUUACCUUAACUGCUAAUUUAAUAACAUCGACUACAGGUUAUGAUGGUUAUGAGACUACCGUAACUAUUUAUACAUUGUGGACUCCUGCAAGUACACUAACUAGAACGGAAUUCAGACAGGGUACAUUUUCAGGCACUACAAGUGAUACAAUUAGUACAACAACUGAGAGAAUUGGUGAUGAUAUCAGCUACUACUACCAACUUAUCUAUUAUAUCAAUUUGCCAUUAAACAUAGGCGAAUCAACUACUUACACCAGCUGGGAUAGUAGCUUUGGAUCUAGUGUUUCGACAUAUUUGACUACUAGUACGAAUAUAGACGACGUGCUUUACACAGUCACAGUUUAUAUUGUAGCCACUCCAUCAAUUCCAUAUUCUACAAGUUCCACUGGAUGGACUGGAUCUUAUGACAGAAUCGCAUCAACGACAUCUUUCACUUCUUUGGGUUAUAUCGAUAACUUUUUAGCCCACUGGACUAUCACCGUUAUUGUCAUAGAAACUGCUUAUCGUAAAUCAACUUCAAGAGUUUUAACUUGGGGUUCUGUUAACCAGGAUAUUACCUAUUUGACCUCUAUAUUUAUUACUACUAAUGUGUUAGGACAAGAGGUGACUGAAACUGUAUAUUAUGUCACAACACCUAUUCGUGUGACAUCUACUACACGUUAUUAUCCAUUUUCAUCAAAUACGCAUACCACUACUAUCUCUAUUGGUACUACAACUUUUGUUGGUACCGAUGCAUAUUCUACUACUGAAACCAUUUAUUAUGUCGCUAUUCCUUUAAAUUCUCUACGUACUACAGUAUUUACGAAUUGGACUGGUAGUUAUAUUGAUUUUUAUUCAACUGUCACAGGCAGUUCAAAGACUACUACUUAUUAUGUCAGAACACCAGGGGACGGUUUAGUCACCACUUUUAUUGAUUGGGCUGGUGACUAUACUACAACAAUUUUAACAACUACGUCUAUGAGUUAUGGAUUUUCUGAAGAGUAUUAUGGUGGAUGGUCAUAUACUGUAUAUAUCGUUGAAACGCCUCAACGAUAUACUUCCACCACUUCAUAUGAUCCAUGGAUUCAAACAUACACUAAAACCUAUAGAGAAACUAUAAGGACCUUCACUGGUAACGACGGAGAAGAAACAACAGAGACAAUAUUUUACGUUUAUACUCCUUGGCGUAUUACUACAACUUCUACAACAACUGGUUGGCAAAAUUUCAGUACCCAAACAUAUACGACUGCAACUAUUAUCACUAAUGGGAAGGAUGGGUUUGAAUCCACAAUUAUUAUAUAUAUGGUAGCAACGCCUCAAGAAAUGUUUACCAGUACUUCUUAUUCGGCUUGGACUUAUGCUUCGACAGACACUUGGUCUACUAGUAUUCUAACUGGUACUAAUACUAACGGAUUUAUUUACACUCAAACAAUUUACUUUGUCAAUACUCCCAAAAGAGAGUCUUUUACUACGACAUACGACCCUGUAAGUUCUAUUGAUUAUACUUCUACAUUAUCAACACGAAUUAGUACUUAUACAGCUAGCAAUGGGGAAGAAACUACCGAGUACACAUAUUUUGUCAUUACACCAAUAUUCAAUACUUUCUCGACUAAAUACACGUUAUGGGAUGCUGAUGAAAGUUACACAUAUUCUACUCUAAUUACUACCGUCACUAAGGAUGGUAAUGCAGUUACCGAAACUAUCUACUAUGUUUAUACGCCGAAGAGAAUGUUUAUCAGUACUAUUUUUACUUAUGGCAAUGGUCCAACAUUAACCUUAUCCACAGCUUUUACGACAGUUACGGAUUCAGAAGGGAAUGCUACUACUGGUACUGUUUAUUUUGUGCAAACGCCAGUUAGAUUAUCAACUUCGAGCACUUAUGUUUCUUGGUCUAUUGAAUCACUCUCAACUUCAAUACAAACAGUCACUUUAACUGAUGAAGAUGGAGAUGAAAUUACAGAAACUAUCUAUUAUGUGUAUGGUCCAGAAUACAACUUGACAUCUACAACUUUCAUUACAGCAUCAUUUGAAGAUGGUGAAACUUUGUCGACAAUUUCGUCCGCAUAUUAUGGUAGUGACGGUUUCUUAACCAAUGCAGUGAUUUAUCUUGUUAACGUCAUAGAACGAGAAACAACUUCUGAAUUUCAAGAAACCUCUUCUGAAGAAACCUCCACUGAAGAAACCUCUUCUGAAGAAACGUCUAGUGAAGAAACGUCUUCUGAAGAAACGUCUAGUGAAGAAACGUCUUCUGAAGAAACGUCCACUGAAGAAACCUCUGCCAUGGAAACCUCUGGUGAAUCCUCUGGUGAACAAUCUUCUGCCACUGAAUCCUCUGGUGAACACUCUUCAACUGUUGAAUCCUCCGUUGAAGAAUCUCCUGCCACUGAAUAUAUUACAACGAACUUACAAACAAGUGAAUAUACUGACUCUGAAGGCAAUGUCACCACUGGCACCACCACGUUCCCAGUCGAAUCCUCGUCCGAAGCCUCGUCCGAAGCCUCGUCCGAAGCCUCUCUAACGACCUCCACGUACACGUCGACUGACUCUGAAGGCAAUGUCACCACUGGCACCACCACGUUCCCAGUCGAUUCCUCGUCCGAAGCCUCGUCCGAAGCCUCUCUAACGACCUCCACGUACACGUCGACUGACUCUGAAGGCAAUGUCACCACUGGCACCACCACGUUCCCAGUCGAAUCCUCGUCCGAAGCCUCGUCCGAAGCCUCGUCCGAAGCCUCGUCCGAAGCCUCUCUAACGACCUCCACGUACACGUCGACUGACUCUGAAGGCAAUGUCACCACUGGCACCACCACGUUCCCAGUCGAAUCCUCGUCCGAAGCCUCAUCCGAAGCCUCUCUAACGACCUCCACGUACACGUCGACUGACUCUGAAGGCAAUGUCACCACUGGCACCACCACGUUCCCAGUCGAAUCCUCGUCCGAAGCCUCGUCCGAAGCCUCUCUAACGACCUCCACGUACACGUCGACUGACUCUGAAGGCAAUGUCACCACUGGCACCACCACGUUCCCAGUCGAAUCCUCGUCCGAAGCCUCGUCCGAAGCCUCUCCAACGACCUCCACGUACACGUCGACUGACUCUGAAGGCAAUGUCACCACUGGCACCACCACCUUCCCAGUCGAAUCCUCGUCCGAAGCCUCUCUAACGACCUCCACGUACACGUCGACUGACUCUGAAGGCAAUGUCACCACUGGCACCACCACGUUCCCAGUCGAAUCCUCGUCCGAAGCCUCGUCCGAAGCCUCUCUAACGACCUCCACGUACACGUCGACUGACUCUGAAGGCAAUGUCACCACUGGCACCACUACUUACCCAAUCACAUCUGUGACUAGUUCUAUUUUAACAGGGUCAUCUGAGGAAACUGAUAUCAUUUCGUUCUGGACUAGCACUGAUUCUGAAGGAAAUGUUUCAACCGGCUCUACUACAAUUCCAGUAACAAUGACCACCUCCACGUACACGUCGACUGACUCUGAAGGCAAUGUCACCACUGGCACCACCACCUUCCCAGUCGAAUCCUCGUCCGAAGCCUCAUCCGAAGCCUCUCUAACGACCUCCACGUACACGUCGACUGACUCUGAAGGCAAUGUCACCACUGGCACCACCACGUUCCCAGUCGAAUCCUCGUCCGAAGCCUCUCUAACGACCUCCACGUACACGUCGACUGACUCUGAAGGCAAUGUCACCACUGGCACCACCACCUUCCCAGUCGAAUCCUCGUCUGAAGCCUCGUCCGAAGCCUCGUCCGAAGCCUCUCUAACGACCUCCACGUACACGUCGACUGACUCUGAAGGCAAUGUCACCACUGGCACCACCACGUUCCCAGUCGAAUCCUCGUCCGAAGCCUCUCUAACGACCUCCACGUACACGUCGACUGACUCUGAAGGCAAUGUCACCACUGGCACCACCACGUUCCCAGUCGAAUCCUCGUCCGAAGCCUCGUCCGAAGCCUCGUCCGAAGCCUCUCCAACGACCUCCACGUACACGUCGACUGACUCUGAAGGCAAUGUCACCACUGGCACCACCACGUUCCCAGUCGAAUCCUCGUCCGAAGCCUCGUCCGAAGCCUCGUCCGAAGCCUCUCUAACGACCUCCACGUACACGUCGACUGACUCUGAAGGCAAUGUCACCACUGGCACCACCACGUUCCCAGUCGAAUCCUCGUCCGAAGCCUCUCUAACGACCUCCACGUACACGAAGCCUCUCCAACGGACCUCCACGUACACCUCGACUGACUCUGAAGGCAAUGUCACCACUGGCACCACCACGUUCCCAGUCGAAUCCUCGUCCGAAGCCUCGUCCGAAGCCUCUCUAACGACCUCCACGUACACGUCGACUGACUCUGAAGGCAAUGUCACCACUGGCACCACUACUUACCCAAUCACAUCUGUGACUAGUUCUAUUUUAACAGGGUCAUCUGAGGAAACUGAUAUCAUUUCGUUCUGGACUAGCACUGAUUCUGAAGGAAAUGUUUCAACCGGCUCUACUACAAUUCCAGUAACAAUGACCACCUCCACGUACACGUCGACUGACUCUGAAGGCAAUGUCACCACUGGCACCACCACGUUCCCAGUCGAAUCCUCGUCCGAAGCCUCAUCCGAAGCCUCUCCAACGACCUCCACGUACACGUCGACUGACUCUGAAGGCUAUGUCACCACUGGCACCACCACGUUCCCAGUCGAAUCCUCGUCCGAAGCCUCGUCCGAAGCCUCUCCAACGACCUCCACGUACACGUCGACUGACUCUGAAGGCAAUGUCACCACUGGCACCACCACGUUCCCAGUCGAAUCCUCGUCCGAAGCCUCGUCCGAAGCCUCGUCCGAAGCCUCUCUAACGACCUCCACGUACACGUCGACUGACUCUGAAGGCAAUGUCACCACUGGCACCACCACGUUCCCAGUCGAAUCCUCGUCCGAAGCCUCGUCCGAAGCCUCGUCCGAAGCCUCAUCCGAAGCCUCGUCCGAAGCCUCGUCCGAAGCCUCAUCCGAAGCCUCUCUAACGACCUCCACGUACACGUCGACUGACUCUGAAGGCAAUGUCACCACUGGCACCACCACUUCCCAGUCCGAAUCCUCGUCCGAAGCCUCUCUAACGACCUCCACGUACACGUCGACUGACUCUGAAGGCAAUGUCACCACUGGCACCACCACCUUCCCAGUCGAAUCCUCGUCCGAAGCCUCGUCCGAAGCCUCGUCCGAAGCCUCUCUAACGACCUCCACGUACACGUCGACUGACUCUGAAGGCAAUGUCACCACUGGCACCACCACGUUCCCAGUCGAAUCCUCGUCCGAAGCCUCGUCCGAAGCCUCUCUAACGACCUCCACGUACACGUCGACUGACUCUGAAGGCAAUGUCACCACUGGCACCACUACUUACCCAAUCACAUCUGUGACUAGUUCUAUUUUAACAGGGUCAUCUGAGGAAACUGAUAUCAUUUCGUUCUGGACUAGCACUGAUUCUGAAGGAAAUGUUUCAACCGGCUCUACUACAAUUCCAGUAACAAUGACCACCUCCACGUACACGUCGACUGACUCUGAAGGCAAUGUCACCACUGGCACCACCACGUUCCCAGUCGAUUCCUCGUCCGAAGCCUCGUCCGAUGCCUCUCUAACGACCUCCACGUACACCUCGACUGACUCUGAAGGCAAUGUCACCACUGGCACCACCACGUUCCCAGUCGAAUCCUCGUCCGAAGCCUCGUCCGAAGCCUCUCCAACGGCCUCCACGUACACGUCGACUGACUCUGAAGGCAAUGUCACCACUGGCACCACCACCUUCCCAGUCGAAGCCUCGUCCGAAGCCUCUCUAACGACCUCCACGUACACGUCGACUGACUCUGAAGGCAAUGUCACCACUGGCACCACCACGUUCCCAGUCGAAUCCUCGUCCGAAGCCUCGUCCGAAGCCUCAUCCGAAGCCUCUCUAACGACCUCCACGUACACGUCGACUGACUCUGAAGGCAAUGUCACCACUGGCACCACCACGUUCCCAGUCGAAUCCUCGUCCGAAGCCUCGUCCGAAGCCUCGUCCGAAGCCUCUCUAACGACCUCCACGUACACGUCGACUGACUCUGAAGGCAAUGUCACCACUGGCACCACCACGUUCCCAGUCGAAUCCUCGUCCGAAGCCUCGUCCGAAGCCUCGUCCGAAGCCUCUCCAACGACCUCCACGUACACGUCGACUGACUCUGAAGGCAAUGUCACCACUGGCACCACCACCUUCCCAGUCGAAUCCUCGUCCGAAGCCUCGUCCGAAGCCUCAUCCGAAGCCUCUCUAACGACCUCCACGUACACGUCGACUGACUCUGAAGGCAAUGUCACCACUGGCACCACCACCUUCCCAGUCGAAGCCUCGUCCGAAGCCUCUCUAACGACCUCCACGUACACGUCGACUGACUCUGAAGGCAAUGUCACCACUGGCACCACCACGUUCCCAGGCGAAUCCUCGUCCGAAGCCUCGUCCGAAGCCUCUCUAACGACCUCCAUGUACAUUUCGACAGACUCGGAGCGUAAUGUCUCUAGUAUUAUCACAUCCUACCCAGUUGAAUCCUCCUUUUCUUCGCACAUUUCUUUGUCUGGCAGUUCGAUUGGUUCAGCAAGUCCGUCUACUUCAUUAGCUGCUUCGACGAACACUGAUUUAGCAUCGACUUGGACUAGUAUAAGCUCAGAGAGCUUUUUGUCAACUGGAACCACCUCUAUUGAAGUUUCAUCAAGCAUAUCAUCGUAUAUAUCUGUCAUCGUGUCAUCAGAGGCAACCUACUAUAGCAAUUCUUCCUAUGUUCAUUCAACAUCUUCUGACGGUACUAUUUUAACCUCAAUUACCAGCCCAUCAAGCAGCAGUCCAACAGUCAGUGCUUCAUUUAGCCAUUAUGAGUCGUGUGUAAUUUACACAAGGGGUACAACCAUUAAUGGCAGCGCGUUAGAUGCAACUUCCAAGGUCAGAGGAUCUACUUCAUCAAGUGCUCCAAUGUCUAAAUCGACUACUGUUGUUUCUUUUACAAGCUCUACAUAUCCAACCGAAAGUCAUGCUUCAACAGUUGCUACCUCUGCGGGCAGUGAGAUAUCGGUUUCGUCAUCAAAAAUAUCUACCAAUGAUAGUAAUGAAACUUCAUCCACCCAAACUGUUGCUAUCCAAAGUUCAAGUAAGGUUACUACUACAAUAAGUGGUUCCAAUACUGGGUUCACUUCAAGUAUUCCGGCGUUGUCAACCUCUUCAGACACACACAGUCUAACUACUGUUACAGAAACUGUUAGCGGUACAGUAACCACAUACACUACAUAUUGUCCUGAAUCGAGCGAUGAUAAUGUUUCCAAGACUGAAACUGCCUCCAGAACUGUUUCUAAUAACGGAGUCGAAUCGGACUCCAAUGGUAACCCAAGUAUCGGUUCUUCUGCUGGCCCAGUGAAUUCUGACAGUGCCUCUGUCAGUAUUCCUGCUCCAACUACUGUUGCUAAUGCUGAUUCUAACAACUCAGCUGAUUCUAACACUGUAUCUCAAUCUCCAAACUCAGAGAGUGAUAACACGUCUUCUGUUUCACCUGCUACUAAUUCAGGUUCUUCAUCCCAACCAACUGCUUCAGUUUCGUUCGAGGGUGUGGGUUCCAAUACUAGAACUUACAGCUCCUCAAUGUUCGCCUUUGUUGGUUUAAUUGUGAUGGCAGUCAUUGCUUAG